AUGGUGGGUCAUGUGCUAGAGAAGAAGAUAAAUAGAAUCUUAAUAGAUGACGGAUCAGGAGUCAACAUUUUACCUAUCCACACAUUGAAGGAACUUGGCAUCACGACUGGGGAACUUAGUGAAAGUCGUCUUUUGAUACGAGGAUUUAGUUUAGGCGGGCAGAGGUCCAUAGGCUCUAUUAAAUUAGACAUCCACAUGGGAUAUUUGAGAUCAAGCGCAUGGAUGCAUGUGAUUGACGCAAAGACAUCAUACAAUAUAUUACUUAGUAGGACUUGGGUACAUGAGAAUAGAAUUGUCUCAUCUUCUUACUACCAAUGUUUGAAAUAUCUUGAAGGUGGAAUUGAAAGAAAGAUAGUUGCAGAUGAUAAUCCUUUCAUCGAAGGGGAGACACACUUUGCGGAUGCGAAAUUCAAUAUGAGAAGUUAUGUUGUUAAAGGGGUCAAAUCCAAUGAUGUCAAAUCAAUCAAGAUUGAUAAUAUCGUAAGAAAAAGAAUUGAUGCAGCUAUCGAAAAGGUGAAAAUUAACACUAAAGACUCUUGUCCCAUCCUUAAUGAAGGGAAGAUCCUGUCUUCAAAAAAGAAGCAGACUUCUAGGUUUUGCUAUGUUCCAAAAGUGGAGAAAGAACAAGAUCAACCAUUUAACCUUGAAGAAAAUGCAUUAAGAGGGCUAACUCUUCCUAUCAGACGGAUUGAUGCAAUAAACUUGUCUUCUAAGUUGCCAGAAAAGUUAGUCGUUGAAGAUCAAGUGCUAGAUAUGGCUCUCCCUACAAAGCGCACAAGAGAAGAUUUUGAUCCCAAUGCCUACAAGUUAUUUGUGAAGGCAGGAUACAACCCUAGCAAGCCAUCAGCACUAGGGAAACUCCCAUCAGAAGAUACAACUAGGAAAGCGCGUGAAGGCCUAGGUUAUAGCCAACCGCCGCCAAUUCGCAUUUCCAUAAGAAGGGCUAGUAAUAAUCAUAUAACUUUUGAAGAUGACGUCACUGCUCCCAAUAAAAGGCCUUCUGUCUUUGAUCAACUUGGCGAAGCGACAACAAGAAUUUUUUUGUUUGAGAGGUUAGGUUCUCUAAAGAAGAAUAACAAGAACCUGAGAAGUAAUUUAAAAGUUACAACGCCUGCUUCACAUUUAAUUCGAAAAGAUUUCAGAAGUUUGAUUCCUUCUAGGAUGAGGCGACGAGUGGAACUUAUGGUUUCCUGUAAAGAGGAACUCAAGGCAAAGGUUCAUACUGUGGUUUACACCAAAGAGCGCGAGGAAGAUGAAGAAAGUGUAGUCAAUGACAAUGAUCCUGUGGAAAAGGAAGAUGCUAAAGAUGCUCCUCCAGAACUUGAAGAAGCAGUAAAGAUCACAAUAGAUCCUUUGAAGGAAGUUAACCUUGGCACUGAUAAAGAUCCGAAGCCAACUUACUUGAUCAAAAAUGGAUCUCGUCCAGUUAAACAAGCUCAAAGACGUUUUAGACCAGACAUGAUUCCAUUGAUAGAAAAUAAAGUUAACAAACUCAUUGAGGCAGGCUUUAUUCGUGAGGUCAAAUAUCCUACAUGGAUUUCAAGUAUUGUUCCUGUGAGGAAGAAGAAUGGUCAAAUUCGAGUUUGCGUUGACUUUAGAGAUCUCAAUAAUGCAUGCCCUAAAGAUGAGUUUCCUCUUCCCAUUUCAGAGUUGAUGAUUGAUGCCACCACUGGUUAUGAGGCAAUGUCAUUCAUGGAUGGUUCUUCUAGAUAUAAUCAAAUCCGCAUGUCACCAAAAGAUGAAGAACACACUGCAUUUCGCACGCCAAAAGGUAUUUAUUGCUACAAAGUGAUGCCAUUUGGUUUACAGAAUGGUGGCGCCACAUAUCAAAGGGCUAUGCAAAAUAUCUUUGACGAUUUUCUCCAUAAAAAUGUUGAAUGUUACGUUGAUGAUUUGGUAGUGAAGUCGAGGAAAAGGGCUGAUCAUUUGAAAGACUUAAGGAUGGUGUUUGAGUUACUUCGAAGAUAUCAAUUAAGGAUGAAUCAAUUGAAAUGUGCCUUCGAAGUUACUUCCGUCAAGUUCCUUGUCUUUAUUGUGAGACAUCGAGGGAUUGAAAUUGAUCAAGCCAAAGCUGAUGCAAUAUCAAAGAUGCCUGAACCACGAGAUAUCCAUGAGUUAAUAAGUCUCCAAGGAAAGUUAUCCUACUUGAGAAGGUUCAUCUCAAAUCUAGCAGGGAGAUGUCAACCAUUCAGUCAUCUCAUGAAGAAAGGUGCUUCUUUUAAUUGGGACCAAACAUGUAGCGAAGAGUUUAAAAGUAUCAAAUCAUAUCUAGCAAAACCUCCGGUUUUGGCAGCCCCUAUACCUGGAAAACCAUUGAUACUCUACAUUGCAGCACAAGAAAGGUCUGUAGGAGCCCUGUUAGCUCAAGAGAAUAGUGAAGGCAAAGAAAAUGCUCUUUAUUACUUAAGUAGAAUGAUGACGCCAAAUGAGCUGAAUUAUUCGCCAAUUGAAAAGUUAUGCUUUGCACUGGUCUUCUCAAUUCAAAAGAUGAAGCAUUAUUUUCAAGCUCAUGUUGUCCGUCUUAUUUUUAGAGCAAAUCCCAUCAAGUUUAUUAUGUCAAAACCUGUCCUUAGUGACCAACUAGCAAGAUGGUACCUCCAAUUCCAACAAUUUGAGAUUGUGUACAUCCCUCAAAAAUCCGUGAAGGGACAAGCACUAGCGGAUAUCUUAGCAGACCAUCCUAUACCAAAUGAUUGGGAGUUAACUGAUGAGUUUCCUGAUGUAGAUGCGAUGUUAAUUGAAGUUCAACCUCCUUGGAAAAUGUACUUUGACGGGGCUGCACAUCGCGGCGGAGAUGGUGCUGGCGUGGUGUUCAUCACUUCACAAGAACAGAUUCUACCAUUCUAUUUUACUCUAAAACAAUGUUGCUCCAAUAAUGUCGCUGAAUAUCAAGCACUGAUACUUGGACUUGAAAUGGUCGUUGACAUGAAGCAAUUACAUUUACAGGUCUUUGGUGACUCUCAAUUGGUGAUUAAUCAACUCUUAGGAAGUUAUGAGGUAAAAAAGCCUGAAUUGCGACCUUAUCGUGAUUAUGCUCAAAAGUUGAUAAGAUGUCUUGGGGAUGUAACCCUUCAACAUGUGCGUCGAACAGAGAAUAAGAAAGUUGAUGCAUUGGCUACUCUAGCUUCAACGCUAACCCUUCCUGAUUAA